AUGGCGGCAACAUUCCUCGACGGUGUUGUUGCUCAGCUUGUUGCACGGGAUGCCCCUGUCGACAGUGAUGGCGUGGGCAAGAAGUCUGGACAGAACAGGGAAGCGUUUGUUUCCAGCAUCACGCUGGCCAUGAUCGCCAUCACGGUUGUCAGCUUUUGUCUAGCGAGACGGCUCGCUGGAAUUUCAAGCUUUAUCGGAUUGCCUCUAGCUCGCUGGUUAAUCUUUGCCAUCUUCAUCGACAGUUGGCUUUUCGUCUUUUCGAGUACUGUGCUGCAAUCCAGUUUCGGCUUGAAUAGCAGCUUGAGGGCCUGCGAUGCUGGAAUUUUGCUCUGCUUGGUGUGCUAUCUUAGCUCGAAAUUGAUCUAUUUCUUUCUAGUCGAAAAGGUCUUCAUAAUCCGUGGAAGUCGCCAGAGAUGGAAGGACAAGCUGUUCAUGUUCAACAUGUUCGGCAUGCUCGUUCCGUACUGCCUGGUCAUCGUCUUGACUUUCAUAUAUCGCAAUGCCGAGAUCGGCGACGACAAACUGUGCCGAAUCGGACUGAAGCUCCCCGCCAACAUCCCGUUGCUGAUCUUUGACAUCGUGAUCAAUGUCUAUCUAACGUGGCUGUUCCUGACACCGUUGCGAGGUCUCUGGAGCUUCCGAAACGGCACUCGAACCAAACAAGGCCGACUUCGAAGGGUUGCUCUGCGCACUUUUAUUGGUAGUGUUGCGACGCUCCUGUCGACGCUCGCGAACUUGACUUCGUUGCUCAUAUUGAGAGGCCGUGAGCCAGGCUGGGUUUGCUUUGCGGUUUGCAACGCUGACGUGCUCUUCUCGGUUUUGGUACUCCAUUGGGUCACCCACCAGGACGACGAUGGAGUGUCGACUAUUACGAAGUGUGAAGAGUGCGAACGAUCCGUAGGCGGCGGGGGUGUCUAUUCGCUCGGUUCAGCAAUUAAGAAAGGCCCCACCGGUUUCGAUCAUGACCUGCAGCGCGGAUUCGGGGGACAGGUCAUCACCAACUGCGAGGCGGCCUCGGAGAGUUCGACCAGCAAGAGUCGGCCGAUCCCCUUGGAGGGCAUCAUGACGAGGACCGAAUUCACCCGAGACGUCGAGAGUCUGGGCGAAAACUCUUCGGACAUCGACCUCCAUGGAGUCAACAAACGGGAAUCCUCGACAGACAACAUCCGGGACGUCUAA